ACUGGAACCAGUCCAGCUGAGAGCCCCAAAGAUGAUUAAGGGUGUUUGGUGUAUGAGGCAAGGCUGAGAGAGCUGGGAUGAAUCAGCCUGGAGAAGAGGAAGGUCAGUGGGAUCUUCUAAAUGUCCAUAAAUACUUGAGGGGAGGGAAUGAAGAAGAUGGAGCCAGACUUUUCUUCAGUCAAGGCAACACAAGAGGCAACAAACUGAUUGGUGUCCUGCAGCAUGGCUGGUGAAGAAGACUUCUUUUUGGAGGAGAAGAGAUUCAAGCAGUACUGUGAAGACUUUGUUAAACACUCGCAGCAGAUAGGAGAUGGCUGGGAGUGGAGAACUAGCAAGGACCUUGGUGAUGGUUAUCUUAGUAAGACACACUUCCAAGUAAGAAAUAGACACAUCCCACCAGACCUCAAGGAGAAAAACAAUGAUAACACUGAACAAGUGUUAUGUGCACAUGUAGAAGAGCCCCUGGAUGACUCUCAGGCUGCUGGGGCUUGCAGCACAGAAGAAGUGGUUCGCUAUGAGUACCACGUCCUGUACUCCAGCAGCUACCAAGUGCCUGUGCUGUAUUUCAGAGCAUGCUUUUUGGAUGGAAGGCCUUUAACUCUGGAUGAAAUAUGGGGAAGUGUUCAUGCAUCCUACCAGGAUCGUCUGCAGGAGGGGCCCUGGGACACUAUUACACAGCAGGAGCACCCCAUCCUCGGGCAGCCUUUCUUUGUCCUGCACCCCUGUCGAACCAAGGAGUUCAUCUCUGCUGUGCUGAGUAGCUCCCAGGACCAUCACAGACACACAAAUUACAUCAUACUGUGGCUCAGUACUGUAGGCCCAGUUGUGGGCCUGAAUCUGCCUUUGAGUUAUGCAAAACUGGCACUUGAGCAGAGCACAGAUGCAGAUUUGGCUAAAAGAGCCCUGAGCUGAAGGACUGGGAGUGGUUAGGCUGUGAUAAAGCUGCUGCAGACUUCCCUGGGGAUGAAGGAUCCUUCCUGGCUGGCCAUGCCAGAAUGGAAAUGAUUGCUCAUGGCUCUUUCUCUGGCCAGAACUUGCCACUGGUGACAAUGGGAAUUGGCUGCAGCUGUGGGAACACCUCCCCAGCACCACCCAGACCUGACCUCCCUUGAAAUCACUCAUCUCCUGCCUCCUGUGCCCUUGGUGAGGCUGCACACCAAUGCACAAGCCAGAGCCCAGUUUCUGGAGCUACUGAACUUAGCCCUAGAAAACCUGCACCAUCCGUGGGGCAGAAAAUGCAAUAUAAACACAGAAAAAUGCU